AUGGCGGAAGCAGUGCUCUUCACCCUCACCAACGACAUACUGAAACUCGCCGGUUCCAACAUCUUUUCGAAGAUCCAACUUGUACGAGGUGCGAGCGAUGAUCUCAAGGGUCUCAAGUACACCGUCAAGACCAUCCAAACUAUGCUUUUGGAUGCCGAGAAGAAACAAUGGGAUAGCGAGCAGGUCAAGCUCUGGCUCAUGAGGCUGAAGGACGUGUUGUACGACGCACAGGACUUGCUGGACGAUGUCGCAACCGAAGAUCUGAGGCGGAAGGUCACUCCCGGAAACAAGAUGUCAAAAGCGGUACGCUUUUUCUUCUCCAAAUCAAAUCAGCUAGCACAGCCCUACAAAGUGGCUAAAAGGAUUCAGGAAAUUAGGAAGAAACUGGAUUUGAUUGCAAAAGAUAGGGAGUUCCGUUUAGAGGAGCAUCGGAGUGAGGCAACUGUUGCUAUUGUGAGGAGGAGGACAACUGACUCUUUUGUGCGGAAGGAAGAAAUAAUUGGUAGACAAUCUGUUGAGAGGGAGAUCAUCAAAUCUUUGCUUGAUUCCUCCUCCGAAAAAAGUGUUUCGGUUGUUCCCAUAGUCGGUAUGGGAGGACUUGGAAAAACCACACUUGCUCGGCUGGCGUACAAUGAUGACAAAGUGAGAAACUACUUCGAGCUUAAGAUGUGGGUGUGUGUAUCCGAUGUCUUUGAUCGGGAUUUUCUUAUUAAAGAAAUACUGAAAUCUGCCCGAGAAGACAUUGAUAAGAAGCCUGAGGGCGAAUUGCCAGAACUUCUUCGUAAGGUACUACACGGGAAAAAAUAUUUGCUUGUUUUGGAUGACUUGUGGAAUGAAGAUCGCGGGAAGUGGUUGGAGCUUCAAAGUUUGCUAAUGGAUGGUUCAUUGGGGAGCAAGAUACUCGUAACAACCCGCAAUCAGUCGGUGUUGGAGGCUAUAGGUACAAAAUCAGGUAUCUUUGAUCUAAAGGUCUUACCUGAAGAUAAGUCAUGGGACUUAUUCAAGAAAACGGUUUUGGGAGAUGGGGAAGAACCAUUAAACGAGAAACUGGAGGAGAUAGGUCGAGAUAUAGUUAAAAAAUGCGAGGGUGUUCCCCUUGCCAUCAAAACUAUAGGCAACCUUUUGUAUGCCAAAAAGGAAAAGGAGUGGCUCUAUUUCAAAGACCAUGAAUUCUCAAAAAUAGAUACGUUGAACCCUGAAAUAAUGGAAGUUCUCAAAAUCAGCUACGAUCAUCUUCAGCCAGGGCUAAAACAUUGUUUUGCAUAUUGUGCGUUGUUUCCAAAAGAUUAUGUCUUCGAUAAAGAAACAAUGAUACAGUUGUGGAUGGCACAAGGUUUUAUUGAGUCAUUGGAUGAGAAUGAAGAGCUAGAAGAGACCGGGGAUGAUUAUGUCUCAGACCUACUACGUGGGUCAUUUCUUGAAGUUGAGGAGGUCAAUCCUUGCACUGGUAAGGUGGAAAAGUUCAAGAUGCAUGAUCUCAUGCACGAUCUUGCCUUGAAAGUCGUAGGAAAUGAGUGCAAGAUGGUUAAUCUCAACAAAGGCAGUCUCGAUGAAGAUACUCGACAUGCUUCAUUUGCUUUAGAAUCGUUCUCGUCGCUACAAGAAGUGACUUCUCUGCUAGAAGCAGCCAAUCUACGGACAUUUGUCUCUUUGGAAGAACAGUCAUAUAAAGUUGAAAGGAUGGUGGAGAAGAAGGCUAGUGAUGAUAGCAUAUCAAAAGCAUCAAUCAAACAAUUCACGGCUAUUCUUCCCAAAAUUACGGUUUGUGAAAAUCAUACACUGUCCCAGCUUGAAUUUCGUGCCACCAUUCCCCCAGGUGGAAUACUUGGAGAUAGAUAA